AUGCUAACCUUAUAUCUACAGGUGUGUAUGUUAGUGGAUGGAUAGGCACUGGUCCUGUUGGUGUUAUUUUGUCUACUAUGACAAGUGGCUUCACAACUGGUAAAGUUGUUGUGGCAGACAUGGAGACUGGCUCUGUGGAUAUCUCACGGCCUCGAAGUGGACAGACUUUAAUUAAAAGUGCUUUAGCAGAAAAAGGGGUACAACCUGUGUCAUUUGAUCAGUGGAAUCGCUUGAAUCAGUAUGAAGUAGAAACUGGGGCAAAGCUUGGAAAACCCCGUGAGAAAGUUUCUAACAUUAAACACAUGAUGGAUAUUAUUCAUCAGUGAUGUUUUGUUUUGUGCUGUAGUGUGUUUAUCAUUCAUCAUGGGACCAGUAGCUUCAAGAGAACCUUCAAGGAUAUUUUCUUAUUUCUUCAUACAGUGUUUUGUUAUGUUAAACACAAAGAAAAUUUGUCACAAUUAAUUAGUACUGUAGUACUUAUUUGUUUGUUAUUCCAGUAAUGAAUUUCACUUAGAAAGUCAAAAUUACUGUAUUAUGUCUACAGGUAUAGUACAGGCAGAUCCUGA